CUGCAGCAACGUCUCGGCUUCCGUCUGGAGACACUUCGUCAUGACGUCAUCGUUGUUCUCUUUGGAAUAAAAACCAGGUUUUCUGUGUGGGAAAAAAGCGUGCUUUGUGGAAACGAUCGAGUGAGGAAGUUAAUCUAUCUGCCCGAGAUAAUAAGGAACGCGGAUACCUUUGGCAGAGACAAUGAGCAGCCAGGAGGAGAACUCAGUCAAAGGGACGACGGGCUCUUCCCUCAGCCUCCUCGCCGAGAAGCACUUUUUGUGCCUCCUCUGCCGAGACAUCUUCACCAGCCCGGUGACCAUACCCUGCGGACACAGCUUCUGCCUGUCCUGUCUCGGCCAGUUCUGGACUCGACACCAGUCCAAGUACUGCCCCGACUGUAGAAGACUGUUCGCCAACAAGCCUGACCUCAGCGUCAACCGUAUUCUGGCAGAUGUUUCUGAAAAUUAUAGAAAAGCGCGGCCUCAGAAAAAGCCGCAAGAAGAGACGGUUAUAGACGUUCAGCAAAUGAUCCAAGACAGGGUGCAGAAGAUAGAGAGGCUAAAGUCUUCUCUGGAGGUCCAAAGGAGUUCUUACCUGCGUGAGGUCCGCGAGAGUCAAAAGGUCUUCGCGGCCCUUGUAUGUAGCAUGGAGAAGGCUCACAAAGCUGUUGUCUCGGCAAUUGAGGAUAAACAAAAGGAGGAAGAGCAAAGAGUGCAGGCGCGUAUAAAAGACAUCAAGGCAGAGAUUGAGCAGCUGAGGAACCACAUGAGUCAAUCUGACCCUCAGGUUUCUUAUCAAGGCGAGGACAUGAAGCAGGUGGUUUUGCCCUCUGAGAUGAAGGACUGGUCCAGGGUUAGCAUUGAAACAGACCCUUGUGUUGGAUUCACCAGAAGAGCGAUGUCUGACAUGUUGGAAAAAAUUAAGCUGGAGGUCAACAGGCUCUCCAAAUCCGAACUGAAGAGACUAGAGAAGUAUACAGUGGAGGUGAACCUGAGUGGAAAGACAGCCCACCCCUUCCUUUCCGUCUCCGACGACCGGAAGGAAGUGAGGCACACCAACAAGCUCCAGGAGGUCCCAGAUUAUCCCACGCGCUUUGACCGUGUGGCCAACGUUCUGGGCAAGGAAAGCUUCAGCAGUGGGAGGUGCUACUGGGAGGUGGAGGUUGGCACCAAGAUUGAGUGGAACCUGGGCGUCGCCAGGCAGUCCAUAAACAGGAAGGGCAAGUUCACCGUCUGCCCGGCCAAUGGUUUCUGGACUUUGAGCCUGAAGGCCGGAGGCCAGUACGUCGCCAACACCUCUCCCGUCACCUUUGUGGCUCUGGAGCAGCGGCCGAGGACGGUGGGAGUGUUUUUGGAUUACAGCGAAGGCCGCGUGUCCUUCUACUGUGCCGAAUCAGGAGUGCACAUUUACACCUUCGCGGAUAGGUUCACAGACAGGCUUUACCCGAUCUUCAGUCCCGGACGCCCGCACGGUGGCAAAAAUACAGCCCCGCUGAUCAUAACCUCAAGUUUCUGCAGCAUUUGAGCGUCUUCGUUCGAUGUCAUUG